GACUCGGUUUACCCGAGACUGACUCCAGAUCCGUCCGCAAGACGGGAUCCAGGAGUCCGCAUUUUGCUGGAGUCCCACGGAUUUUUAAUCAUGCCUCUCUGUCUGUGUGUGAGUGCAGGCAGGCUGACAAUGAUUUCCUCAGUGAUUACGUACAGAGCGACUCCCUGCGGGUUAGGGGCCCCCUCUGGAGUCAUCCCGAUGGCUUUGGGGGCCUUACUUCCAUUUUCCAUUAUUAUCUGGACUACCGGAGCGACAGCGCAGUCCAAGACCUUGCAGUAGAAGACAAUGCGUCAGAGGACCAGCGAAGCACACCCGAGCCGGUUGCCACUCCAAGCGAUCCGGAAGCUGAACUAGGGAUUCCGGCGGAAGAUGGCGAAGAAGCAGAUCUGAAGAGGAAGCUGGUCUCUGUGGAGGAAGAGGAGGAGGGAGAGGAGGACGCGGAGGCGCUGCACAGCUGCGGCGGCUGCCGGCAGGUGUUCGAGUCGCUGAGCGAUCUCACCGAACACAAGAUUAAUCAAUGCCAGCUGACAGACGGGGUUGAUUUUGAAGAUGACCCUUCCUGCUCCUGGCCUGCAUCCUCACCUUCCAGCAAAGACCAGACAUCGCCCAACCACCCCGGAGACGACUGCGAUUUCGGAGAGGAGGAAGGAGGCGGGCCCGGCCUGCCCUACCCGUGCCAGUUCUGCGGCAAGUCCUUCAGCCGGCUGGGCUUCCUGAAGCGCCACGAGCAGUGCCACGGCGACCGGCUGCCCUUCCGCUGCACCUUCUGCAGCCGGCUCUUCAAGCACAAGCGCAGCCGCGACCGCCACGUCAAGCUGCACACCGGCGACAAGAAGUACAGCUGCACCCAGUGCGAGGCGGCCUUCUCCCGCAGCGACCACCUCAAGAUCCACAUGAAGACGCACGCCGCCGGCAAGCCCUACAAGUGCGCCGUCUGCCGGCGCGGCUUCCUGUCGCCCGGCUCCCUGCACGGGCACAUGCAGGUGCACGAGCGCGGCGCCAAGGACGGCGGGAAGGAAGGGAAGGACGGCGACCGGGCCGAGCCGCAGAAGUGCGGGCGGUGCGAGGAGGGCUUCGACGUCCCGGAGGAGCUGCAGAAGCACAUCGCGGAGUGCCACCCGGAGUGCUCGCCGCCGCCUCCCGCCCCUGCGUCCGAGUCGGGGGGCGGGGCCCUGCGGUGCGUGUACUGCCAGGAGCCGUUCUCCGAGGAGGGGGCGCUCCUGGACCACGUGGACCGCGAGCACGUCGGGGACGAGAGGGGCCACCUGUGCGCCAUCUGCUCGGAGCGCUUCCCCGCCCCCGAGGACCUCUGCACCCACAUGGACCUCCACCAGCAGCCCGAGUCCAGCAACCACAGCAACAGCCCCUCCCUGCUGACGGUGGGCUACACCUCCGUCUCCAGCACCACCCCGGACUCCAACCUCUCCGUCGACAGCUCCACCAUGGUGGAGGCGGCCCCGCCCCCGCCCAAGACCCGCCGGAGGAAGAGGGCGGCCCAGCGGGCAGGUGGCGCAGCCGCGGCCAAGCAAGCCAAGGUGGCCUACAGCUGCAUCUACUGCAACAAGCAGGCCUUCUCUAGCCUGGCCGUGCUGCAGAUCCACCUGAAGACCAUACACCUGGACAAGCCGGAGCAGGCCCACACCUGCCAGUAUUGCCUGGAGGUGCUUCCUUCCCUGUGCAACCUGAACGAGCACCUCAGGCAGGUCCACGAUGCCCAGGACCUUGGGGGCGGACUCUCAGCAGCUCUCCUGCAGUGCAACUUUUGCCCCGAGGUGCUGGGCGACCUCAACGCGCUCCAGGAGCACAUCCGCUGUUCCCAUGGGUUCCCCAGCCCAGUUGCCAAGGAGAGCAAUGCCUUCUUUUGCCCCCAGUGCUUCAUGGGAUUCCUCACUGAGGCCACGUUGGAGGAGCACGUCCGGCAGACCCACUGCGACGGGGGGAGCAUGCGGUUCGACUCGCCCCUGGCGGGGACUCCUAAGGAUCCCAUCGUGGAGGUGUACUCCUGCUCCUACUGCACCAACUCGCCUAUAUUCAACAGUAUCCUGAAGCUGAACAAGCACAUCAAGGAGAACCACAAGAACAUCCCCCUGGCACUCAAGUACAUAAACAAUGGAAAGAAGUCCCAUCGAGCCCUCAGCCCCUCCUCGCCCAUGUCGGCGGACCUGGCCUCCCUCAAGCAUACCGGCUCCUCUCGCUCCACCGGGGAGUUCAUCUGCAACCAGUGUGGUGCGAAGUACUCCAGUCUGGACCUGUUCCAGACCCACCUGAAGACACACCUUGACAGUGUCCUGCCGCUGCUCACCUGCCCCCAGUGUGGCAAAGACUUCCCCAACCAGGAGUCCCUGCUGAAACACGUGACCCUCCACUACACCAUCACCUCCACCUACUACAUCUGCGAGAGCUGCGACAAGCAGUUCACCUCAGUGGACGACCUGCAGAAGCACCUACUGGACAUGCACACCUUUGUGUUCUUCCGCUGUACCCUCUGCCAGGAGGUCUUCGACUCCAAGGUGUCCGUCCAGCUCCACCUGGCCGUCAAGCACAGCAACGAGAAGAAGGUCUACCGCUGCACCUCCUGCAACUGGGACUUCCGGCACGAGCCCGACCUCCAGCUGCACGUCAAGCACAACCACCUGGAGAGCCAGGGCCGGCCCCACCGCUGCAUCUUCUGCCGGGAGUCCUUCGGCACGGAGGUGGAGCUGCAGUGCCACAUCACCACCCACAGCAAGAAGUACAACUGCCGCUUCUGCAGCAAGGCCUUCCACGCCAUCGCCCUGCUGGAGAGGCACCUGCGGGAGAAGCACUGCAUCUACGAGGCCAAGCCUCAGCCCAACUGCGCCUCGGCCAACGGCUCUGGAGCCGCGGAGGGGCCGGCCUCCAAGGAGGACGCCGAGCUCCAGGGCCUCAUGACCGGCAACAGCCACGGCGAGUCGCACAACAGCCGGGACGGCAGCGAGGAGGAGGAGCCCGACGCCUCUGAGCCCAUGUACGGGUGCGACAUCUGCGGGGCGGCCUACACCAUGGAGUCCCUGCUGACCAACCACCAGCUCCGCGACCACAACAUCAGGCCCGGGGAGAGCGCCAUGGUCAAGAAGAAGGCCGACCUGAUCAAGGGCAACCACAAGUGCACGGUCUGCUCGCGGACCUUCUUCUCCGAGGGGGGCCUGCGGGAGCACAUGCAGACCCACCUGGGCCCCGUCAAGCACUACAUGUGCCCCAUCUGCGGCGAGCGCUUCCCCUCCCUGCUCACCCUCACCGAGCACAAGGUCACCCACAGCAAGAGCCUGGAUACGGGCAGCUGCCGCAUCUGCAAGCUGCCCCUCCGGUGCGAGGAGGACUUCCUGGAGCACUGCCAGAUGCACCCGGACCUGCGCAACUCGCUGACGGGCUUCCGCUGCGUGGUCUGCAUGCAGUCCGUCACGUCCACCCUGGAGCUGAAGAUCCACGGAACCUUCCACAUGCAGAAGACGGGCACCGCGUACCCCGCCAACACCGCCGCCGCCGCCGGACCCCCGGUGGGCCGCGCCCACCACCCGCAGAAGGGCUACAAGUGCGCCUCCUGCCUGAAAGAGUUCCGCUCCAAGCAGGAGCUGGUGAAGCUGGACAUCAACGGGCUGCCGUACGGGCUGUGCGGCUCCUGCGCCGGCGCCGGCAGCAAGAGCUCCAGCCCCACGGUCAACGGCGGCAAGCAGCAGGGCGGGAAGCUGAGCCCCGCCUCCUCCGGGAAGGGGAGGUCCGCCCACGGCCCCGCCUCCAAGACGCGCUGCCCCAGCUGCAACGUGAAGUUCGAGUCGGAGGCGGAGCUGCAGGCGCACACGCUGAGCGUGCACGGGGACGCCUCCGGCGGGGAGAGCAACAGCGGCCAGCACAAGACCCCGCAGGUGUCCCCCAUGGCCCGGGGUAGCCCCUCCCAGCCUGAUGAGAAGAAGACCUACCAGUGCAUAAAAUGUCAGAUGGUCUUCUACAGUGAAUGGGACAUCCAAGUGCACGUGGCCAAUCACAUGCUGGAGGAAGGACUGAACCACGAGUGCAAGCUGUGCAGCCAGACGUUCGACUCCCCGGCCAAGCUGCAGUGCCACCUGAUCGAGCACAGCUUCGAGGGCAUGGGGGGAACGUUCAAAUGCCCCGUCUGCUUCACAGUGUUCGUCUUGGCCAGCAAGCUGCAGCAGCACAUCUUCUCUGUGCACGGCCAGGAGGAUAAGAUCUACGACUGCUCCCAGUGCCCGCAGAAGUUCUUCUUCCAGACCGAGCUGCAGAACCACACUCUGAGCCAGCAUAACAGCUAACAUGGGGGAAGCCUUCACCUCAGAUGAGAGGUCUCACAGCGGGAGGAACCAUUUCUUUUUUUAAGUCGACACAUAAAAAAAAAAACAACAACAAACGCGGUCAAUCUCUUACGUACUCUUUGCACGAAACUUUCACUGCGGUUGAACGUGAACCGAAACGAUGUGUGGUAAGAAAAAUACCUUGUAUCAUUUUUUUCUUUUUCGGAAAAGACGCAAAAUGUCAAUGGACAAGUGUGAUUUGAAUGUUUCGCAUCCGGUUGACAUGUUGUAAAUAAUAUAAUUCACGUGUUGGUUAACUCCAUCGAGCAUUUCGACAGUCCGUUCCCAGAUCCUUCUCCGAAGAACAGUCGUGUAAGGCCGCAUGCGUUUGACACGUUCGGGAGGGGCCGGGGUCCGGUGCCCGAAUCGGAGGGGAGGACACAAAUCCAAACCCGUUCACCGAACACGACCUGUUCAGAGUCCACGUUCAGACGGUCAAAAUGGAAACGCGGAUCAGUUUAACCUACUCUGCCUUUGGGCAGAAAAAAAAACUAAUAAUCAUAUAUGCAAUACCGGCAACACCGCCAGCGCAUCUAUCCGUGAAGAGUCCUGGGGCUCUAAUUGUUUUUCCGGCAAAGGGAACUCUCUAGCUGGUGAAACACACCUGUUUCUUAAUCGUUUUUAAGGUCUACUCUAUGGACAGAACCAGGACAGUACUGGAAUUGUUUUUGUUUGUUUGGUUAGAUGGUUGGUUUGUUUUCGCCUUUGUUUUUUUGUUUUGUUUUUUUCACUGGGAAAUAAAUCCAAUUUAACUUCAGAUACUGGAGUGUGCUUUUUCUUCUUGAUCUUCAUUUUUAUUAUGUACUUAAGAACGUUUUGUCUUUGACAUUCUUGGAUUUCAUUGAAGAUCUUUUGGUGGAUUUUGUGGCUAUCCGUUGCUCUAUAAAAAAACCCAUUUGACAAUAUUGGAGUAUUACAUGUCAUUAUUUAAGAUUUUAGUAUUAUUUCAAGUCAAGACGCACUUUUGUAUGAAAAAAAAAUGUUUGACAUUUUGAAAUCUGUUCUUACUCAGAUAACUGGACAUAACUCUCUGGCAGAACUUUGGAAUAUCAGAGUAAAAAAUAAUCACUUCUAAACUAAAAGCUGUUGUAUAUGUUAUGUACAAAUAUGGAUGGAGUUCAGGAUUUGACUGAACUCAUUUUUUGUGUUGCACAUGUGAGGAAUAUUAAAUCUGUAUGAGAAAUAA